AUCCCUUCGUCACCGCCACAUACGCGCAACACGCGACGUACGGUGGACAGCGGGUGCCUACAGCUUCAUCCCCAGCAAACACUAACAGCAGCUCCAGUAGUGCCACCGGCAGUCAAAGCGGGACAAUGAGCACGAAUCUCAGCAACAAUGCCAUGCAGGGUCAACAAGCAGAGCAGCUGUCUAAAACGAAUCUAUACAUCCGUGGCCUCAACCAGAAUACGACUGACAAAGACCUCGUUAACAUGUGUUCUCAGUACGGAACUAUAACUUCCACCAAGGCGAUUUUAGACAAAAAUACAAACAAAUGUAAAGGUUACGGAUUUGUAGACUUCGAGUCACCGAUGGCGGCAGAGGGUGCUGUGAAAGCACUGGUCGCCAAGGGCAUCCAAGCGCAGAUGGCGAAAGUGGGUAUCUGGUUGCUCCGUAGACUGGACAGUCAACAGGAGCAGGAUCCCACUAAUCUGUACAUCGCCAACCUGCCGCUGACCUUUAAAGAGAACGACGUCGAAGCAUUACUCGCUCAAUACGGACAAGUUAUCUCUACCCGUAUCCUGCGCGACACUUCCGGCCAGAGCAAAGGAGUUGGAUUCGCAAGAAUGGAAUCCAAAGAGAAAUGUGAACAAAUUAUACAAAUGUUUAAUGGAAAGGCACUAACAGGCGCAAAGGAUCCAUUAUUAGUUAAGUUCGCUGAUGGCGGAAACAAAAAGAAAUCGUUGUUUAAGAGUACAAUAUGGAGAGAGACUGGAGAGAAUAUGACUUUGAACUACGACACGAGUGGUGUUGGUCAGAACGGCGUUGCUACGACUCACAUGCUUCCCACGACAGCUCUUACACAGUACAGUCGUCACUACAGUCAGGCAUUGCCUGGUUACAGUGUGCCGGGCACUCCUUGGGUGGCUCCUUACCUCGUGCACCCUUCCCCGCCACAUAUGCAACAGGUCGACAUGAUACCAUCGGCUGAUCCUAGUAAUCCACAAUACAGUAUGAUUCCUCAGCUUACCACGCAAAUGUCUACCUUGCAUCUUGGCACUGGUUCCUACAUAGCGAGCCCGCAUCCUUAUCCUUACACAACUUAUCCCGCUCCUAGCAUUAUUCACACCAUGCCACUGGGCGAGUCGGAGCAGACGAGUAACGCAGCGUCCCCCGACGACUCCUAUCAGCAGUACCAGGCUCAACAGCCUAAGUAGGCCACGGUUUAUAAUAGAUGUACGAUCGCGCUAAGGGUUACGUGAAUUUGGAAAGGCUUACUGAUUGACUUAUGAAGAUAUGCGCAGAAGGAGGGCAACAAAUACGAAAGCGGAUUACACUAAGAAGAAUAGAUUUGAAACAAAAACUACAUUACGUAACGAAUAAGAUUCUUCCUCACGAUAAAUUGACUUGCCAGCGUUUUUAUACGUUUUAUCCAACAGUAAAUAGAGGAAAGUAGAUGAUAUUUUGCAACGAGUAGGCAGAGUGAAUGUUGAGAGAAUGUGUAAGAGCGAGAGGAAAUGAGCGAGAGCGAGAGAAAGAUUAAUUGAAAGAAGUACAGGAAGAUAAGUACGAAAACGAUUACGUGUCGUCCGCGUGAAAUGGCACGUGCUUCCAUACUAGUUAUGGCUCCAUUAAAGCUACGUGAUGGUAACACGUACACUCUCAUAUACACACAUACAGAGAGAGGGAGAGAGAAAAAGAGAGA